AUGAAUUACGACAGUAGCGAGAGUUACGACGACAAUUACGAACAAGAAUCGCAGCACAUUGACAUAAUGGCCCUGAUCUCUGAGGUCGACCCGAGCGUCGCCACCAAAGCAGAAUUUCCUGGGCCCGAAGAUGGAGAAAGCGGAGAAACCUCUAUGUGUGAAUGGGGAGGAAUUCCCAACACGUUGAGAAUGAACAUGCUAGACACUCACAACACCAGAAGAGAAUUACUCGCCUUGGGACAAUUUACGGACAAUAAAGGAGUCACUCUACCGGCAGCCGCUAAAAUGAAUUAUCUAGAGUGGAAUUGCACAUUGGAAAAAGAGGCUUACGAAUUUCUCAAAAGCUGCCCAACGGAAGGUUACCAAAGACCGAAUGGUAAUCUACCGGCACAGAAUUUCUAUCGCGGCGUAAUCACUGAAGCCGAACCAACAUUCAGGGACAUGAAUAAGAAGACGGUCACAGAAUGGUGGAAAAAAGGACGAAAAGUUAACGGUCCUGGAAAAGAUCUCUACUUUCUUCUCGAACACAACAGCACUGAAAUAAAAUCAUUCACCUUGAUGGGCUGGGGUUCAACUACACAAAUCGGUUGCUCCAUUGCCAAGUGCGAUGAUAACUGGGUGGAGGCUUGCCGCUACUAUCCGCCAGGAAAUGAAUCAGAUGAACAGAUGUACACACCUGGCCGUGCGUGCUCUCAGUGUGCCAGUCUUGGAAAGAUAUGCCAUAAUCAGAAAGGACUUUGCAAAUGAAUGAAGAACCUGAAUGUGCUCGCUUCUUUUCGGGGAUUUUCAUGGGUUUCUCGGAAUUCUAUCUUAUUGAUGUCUUUUUUUAAGAAUAAAUAUGCGGCUUUGCUUUGAA